UACACCGACCUAGAAUGGAAAACGCAGGAAACGUUACAUGCUACGGAGACGUAUGCAUGGAAGACUCAUUCUGUGACCAUCUUUCAAAGUUUUGUUUCCAAUGCGUCCUGUGGCUUCAGACAUGUUUUACGGACAGCCACAUACCACGGUGCACUCGUGUGUGUAAAGAACAUAUCAACCGGCAUGUGACCACAUCCUUUACAACAGUGGCACCCCUUAUGGAUCUGAAAAGCGACAACUCGGUACCAUGGUUACAGAUUCUGUCCGUGUUGGCUGUCUGUCUGAUUUCUGCCAUUUUGAUUACCGUGUGUCUCUUCAGAAAAUUUAUUGAACGCGGAAAUAACCAACCUACCACUGUUCUUGUUAACAAAAUGUACCGCUUAUCGAACAUCAUUUUGCGUCGCAAAAAGAACGUUGAUCAAACCUAUGUCAAGCAAAUGGAGCCAUUACGGUGUCGUCAAAACCCCGGUGUACUGGGCAGAAGACAAGGAGACAUGCUUCCUGGUUCUUUGUGUUUCGAGUCCCUUUUAAACGAAACAGAGACGAUGUCGUCACAAAACGUCACCCCUCCUGCUGGGGUACCGCUCAAUCUAAUGCAACAAACAACUUCCAUGACGUCAUCGGAAAACCCACCAUUUCUGCCGACGUCAUCUGAAAACACAACACAUGGGCCUACAGCACGUAUCCAAUCACCAAAUACCAACAGCACCACCAAAGACGUGCGGGAUUUUUAUCAGAUUGAAAAACCCGUCAAAGAAGUGGGAGAUAAUGGUCGGUCUGUUAAAGUUGAUGGUCACGUGCUGAAACCAAGGGAGACAGUUUGAGGAACAAUGACAGAAAAUUAGCGUGUUUCAUUUUGCGGAACGUUCGGUUGUUCAAGUUCAAACCGGCCGUUCUGCUAAAUGGAACACGUUCAAUAUCACUAUUUUGCAUGUACGAACAGUCUUUCACGUUUGCGUUUUGGUCAACGAGCGAUACGAUGAAAAUAUGUAAUUGUAAUGAGGUGAAGUGAUGGAGAUGAGGCAAUUUGAUGCGUCUCUAAGGGUGAGAUAUAGAGGUUACACAACGAGUGGUUGUUGGAUAUGGAAUUUAUUUCACACGAGUAAGUUAUUUUUUAAAAGUUACAAAAGACACGAGCAUUAUAGCGAGAGUGGAAUAGCACAGGGCAUUGUGGUAGAAAUAGGUAUUAAGACUCGUCUGUCAAAACACUCAAUAUAUAAUCUACUGAGUGCAUUGACAGACGAGAUUAAUGGCAUUGAGAGGCGUUGAGAGCAUGAGGUGAUGGACAUCGAGCAUUGAGAGGCGUCACUAAUGGUGAUAGAGUUUUGGCAUUUGGGCGAUAACUCUUGGCAUACACUCUGAACAUAUCUCUGUGGAGAAAAGUAUAUCACCACAGCUCACGAGCUUUUUACCAAAAAUAUAUCCAUAAAUGUUUUUUUGAUGUAAAAUUUGACCAAAAUAUAUUGAUCACUCAUAUUCAAUGUUUUCUUUACAUCGCUCCGCCUGGGUUAGCGUUGAAUGCUUGUUGUGGGACAUCGAGAGAAUGUUUUGAGUGUUCAUUGUCCAAGUUUAUUAUCAUUUCUUUCGAAAACCCUCUUUAAAUACUACAACUUAAUUUACCGUUUGGGACACUGUGAUUGGAAUUUAAAUAAUAUAAUCAGUCUUCAAACUCAAGAUAUGCACCCUUUUCUAGACACUGCGAACCACCUUAGAGAACAUUAAAGCUUACUGGAUUGUGAUAUUGUGUUUCAAUACGGGCAUUUGUUUGUACAGAUUCCAAUAUAUAUAUUUGAUCUUUUCGUGUUGUGUCAUUAACCGGCCUUAACUUUUUAUACUCUUCGUAUCAUUGGCACCAUUGGCAACUUCUACAGCUGCUGUAUGUUGCAGUAUAAUUCAUUUAACUU